AUGGAGAGCCAACGUGCAGACAGAUCUGAGAGCGACAUGAGGAAUCAUUUGAGCUCUGCACAAAGUCUUCACUCCGACCCACAUCCUGACCUACAUGAUCAUUUGAAUUCACAAAUGAGGUUCACCAAUGCAGCAGUACAAGCUAGGGAUGAUGAUGAUAGUUUCAAGCUCAUGGGAAUGAGGACAGGGAUCACGGUAGGAGUCAUUUGGAUGGUAGGGGAGGUCAAAGACAGAGGCCAUAUUGCGGAAUCUGAUGAGGUUAUUUCUGAUUGGAUGAGGCCUACUGAUAUAGAAAAGGAGAGUUGGCUUGAUGCUCGGCCAUGCUUAUUUAAUGGGGUUGUCAAUCCUUCUGAUGGUGGAUUGGGUGAUUGCUGGUUUAUGAGUGUUGUUGCUGUUUUAACAGAAGUUUCACAAAUAUCAGAAGUAAUUAUUACUCCAGAGUACAACGAUGAGGGGAUCUAUGCUGUUCGUUUCCGUAUUAAGGGCAAGUGGGUUCCUGUUGUUUUUUAUGAUUGGAAUCCAUGUGAAUCGCUGGGUAAGCCAGCAUUUUCCACUAGCAGGAUGGGAAAAGAACUAUGGGUCUCCUUACUGGAGAAGGCAUAUGCCAAAUUUCAUGGCUCCUAUGAAGCUCUAGAAGGUGGGCUAGUUCAGGAUGCUCUUGUAGAUCUUACUGGAGGUGCUGGUGAGGAUAUUGACACAUAUAUACAUGCUGUGAUACAUAGUAUAGAAUAG